AUGCAAAACCAAAGCUUUGUUACUGAGUUCAUCCUCCUGGGGCUUUCACAGAAUCCAAGUGUUCAGAAAAUAUUAUUUGUCAUGUUUUUGUUUGUCUACAUUGCAACCAUCGGGGGAAACGUGCUAAUUGUAGCAACCAUCUUCAACAGUCCUGCACUUCGGGAGUCCCCCAUGUACUUCUUCUUGGCCUUUCUGUCCUUCCUAGAUGCAUGCUUUUCCUCUGUCAUCACUCCAAAGAUGAUCUUGGACUCCUUCUAUAAGAGGAAAAUCAUCUCCUUUAAAGGCUGCAUGACGCAGCUUUUUGCAGAACACUUCUUUGCUGGGGUGGAGGUGAUUGUCCUCACGGCCAUGGCCUAUGAUCGCUAUGUGGCCAUUUGCAAGCCUUUGCAUUACUCCUCCAUCAUGAACCGGAGGCUCUGUGGUGUUCUGAUGGGAGUAGCCUGGACAGGUGGGUUCUUGCAUUCCACGAUACAAAUUCUCUUUACUGUCCAGUUGCCCUUCUGUGGCCCCAAUGUCAUUGAUCACUUCAUAUGUGACUUGUAUCCAUUACUGGAGCUUGCUUGCACAGACACUCACGUCUUUGGCCUUUUGGUAGUUGUCAACAGUGGAUUUAUCUGCAUCAUAAUCUUCUCCUUGUUGCUUGCCUCCUAUGGUGUCAUCUUGCUCUCUCUGAGAACUCAUACCUCUGAAGGGUGGAGUAAAGCUCUCUCCACCUGUACAUCUCACAUUGCUGUUGUAGUUUUGUUCUUUGUCCCAUGCAUAUUUGAAUAUGUGCGACCUCCCUUAGCCUUCUCCUUUGACAAAAUGGUGGCAGUAUUUUACACCAUCCUAGCUCCCUUGUGCAAUCCUUUGAUUUAUACUUUCAGGAAUAAGGAAGUGAACAACGCCAUGAGGAAAAUAUGGAAGAGAUUAGUGAUGGUUUCUGAUGAAAAUUGA